AGUUUCCGUCGGCCCAAAAAAAAAACGGUCGAAAAACAAUAAAAAGUUUCUCUCUUUCUCUUCUCUCUCUCUCUCUCUGGCAAAGCUCACGCCGUUUCGUUUCUUCCGCCAAGCUCACACCUUUGCCGCCGGAUCGACUCUUCUCCGGCGACCCAUUACAGGGGUUGCUUGGUAGUAGCUGUGGGAACUUCUGUGUUUAGCUUCUUCUUGCUAAGUUCUGUUACUAAGUAGUGUUGUGGGUUUGGUUUGAUUUACUCGAAAGUCUCUAUCUUUAUUAGUUUGGAAGCUAAUUGCUUUCUUGGACUGAUUUAAGUUUAGCUAUGACGGAGCCUGCUAUGGUGGAUAGAGGGAUACAGAGCUUAGUAACCGCAAGUAAGCAUUUGAAAUCGAGUCUAGAGAAAUCUAAAGCCAUUGGUUCAGCUCUGGAGAGAACCGGUCCUAGGUUCGAUGAGGUUGAGCAGAGACUACCUUCCCUCGAAGCUGCGGUGAGACCUAUAAGAGCAGAUAGAGAAGCUCUUGCAGCUGUCGGUGGCCACAUUAACCGAGCCGUUGGUCCUGCAGCUGCUGUUCUCAAGGUGUUUGACGCCGUCCACGGACUCGAGAAGUCUUUGUUAUCAGAUCCCAGGAACGAUCUCUCGGGUUACUUAGCUGUGUUGAAACGGUUAGAGGAAGCGUUGAAGUUUCUAGGUGAGAACUGUGGGUUAGCUAUCCAGUGGCUGGAGGAUAUAGUUGAGUAUUUGGAAGAUCAUAACGUUGCUGACUUGAAGUAUCUUUCGAAUCUGAAGAAGUCUUUGAAAGGUCUCAGGGAGUUUCAAGAAGAGAAAGCUAGGCUUGACGGUGGGCUUAGGGAUGCUGCUUUGGACAAGCUCGAGAAAGAGUUCAGGAGGCUGUUGAAGGACAACAGCGUCCCACUUCCCAUGGCGUCUCCACCGUCGUUAGGAGAGCAAGCGUGCAUUGCGCCGUCUCAGUUGCCUGUGACCGUGAUCCAUAAACUUCAAGCAAUUCUUGGGAGGCUCAGAGCUAAUAACAGACUCGAAAAGUGCGUAUCGAUAUACGUUGAAGUGAGGAGCUCCAACGUUAGAGCUAGCCUUGGAGCGCUUGAAUUGGAUUAUCUAGACAUCUCGGUUACUGAGUUCAACGACGUGCAGAGCAUAGAAGGGUAUAUAUCUCAGUGGGGGAAUCAUCUAGAGUUUGCUGUCAAGCAUCUGUUCGAAGCAGAGUUCAAGCUUUGCAACGACGUGUUUGAGAGAGUUGGUUUGAAUGUUUGGUUGGACUGCUUCUCCAAGAUCGCUGCACAAGCUGGUAUGCUUGCGUUUCUCAAGUUCGGUAAAACCGUUACCGAUAGCAAGAAAGAUCCGAUCAAGCUUCUGAAGCUGUUAGACAUCUUCACUUCGUUGAACAAGCUUAGAGCAGACUUUAACCGUCUCUUUGGUGGAGCAGCUUGUGUAGAGAUCCAAAACUUCACGAGAGAUCUCAUCAAGAAGCUGAUAGACGGUGCGGCGGAGAUCUUCUGGGAGCUUCUGGUUCAGGUGGAGAUUCAGAAGCAAAUCCCACCGCCUAGCGACGGUGGUGUGCCUAGGCUAGUCAGUUUUGUAACUGAUUACUGCAAUAAACUCAUAGGAGAUAAGUACAAGUCAACGCUGACUCAGGUUCUGCUCAUACACAAGAGCUGGAGGUCAGAGAGGUUCCAAGACAAUCAGCUUAUGGUUGAGGUUCUGAGAAUAAUCAAAAUGAUUGAGCAGAACAUGGAUGUAUGGAUGAAAGCGUAUCCUGAUCAAACGCUAGCUCAUUUCUUCGGUAUGAAUAAUCACUGGCAUCUAUACAAGAGCUUAAAGGGCACGAGGAUCGGAGACCAGUUAGGAGAUUCAUGGUUGAAGGAGCAUGAUCAGUACAAAGAGUAUUACGCUACUGUCUUCCUUAGAGACAGUUGGGGUAAGCUCCCGAGUCAUUUGAGCAGAGAAGGGCUUAUACUCUUCUCCGGUGGACACGCCACGGCGCGUGAUCUCGUCAAGAAGAGGCUGAAGUCUUUUAACGUUGCCUUUGAUGAGAUGUAUAAGAAGCAGUCUAUGUGGGUUGUGCCUGAGAAGGAUCUGAGGGAGAGAGUUUGUCAGCAGAUAGUUCAGGCUGUUGUGCCGGUUUACAGAAGCUAUAUGCAAAACUAUGGGCCGUUGGUUGAGAAAGACGCUAGUUCGAGCAAGUACGUGAGGUACACGGUGGUGGCUUUGGAGAAGAUUCUCAGCUCUCUUUACGUGCCUAGGCCUAUGAGAUAUGGGAGUUUCAAAGGAACACCGCCGCCGAGUGAGAAACUCAAGAAUGAUGUUGACUUGAGACGCACUACUUCUGCUGUUGUAUGAUUGAAGAAGCCAUGUUCUGUUGUCAUGUUGUGUCUGCUCUUGCAUCUCCCGGGAAGCUUAUCUUUCAAUGGAGAAGCAGAUGUAGUCUUUUUAUACGUAUAUAAAAAUACUGUCAAAUGAGGUAUAGCUUUUUUAGUCAUUGAUCAAGUCCCUUUAGUUCAUUUAUGUCUUAAGGUUUCAUGUUAGGGACCAAGUGAGUUUAGAUUAUUCUAUUUAAUGGGAUAACCAGAAGAUGGGCAAUUUUCUUGUUCUUGCUUAGUUGUUGUGCUUACUCAUUUGUGACGUUUUAUGAAGUUUAAAACAAUAAUGGAAAUGUAGUAGAACCAGUUUUGUUUUACU